UCCCUCACUCCAUGAGAAGAACACGAACACCACCGAUUUCCUUUCAUCGUCCCCUCCGUCAUCUCCUGUAAACCUGAGUCCCUGAGCCAACAUGAGACUUGCCAAUUAAAUUCAUCGCAAUCAUCAUCCAUACUCUUUCGUUUGCAGAAAUGGAAGCCAAUAUGAUCACCAUUGGCCUCCUCCUUCUCCUUCCUCUUGUUUUUGCUGAGGGAGGAGUUUCCACUUCUGCACCCAAUGAUGAAAUUUCGUCACUUCUCUCUAUCAAAUCCGCCAUUGUCGAUUCCUUAAGUUAUCUCACAGACUGGAACUCCUCAUCGUCUUCAUCCCACUGCAACUGGACUGGAGUUUCAUGCAAUGAUAAUGGCUUUGUUGAAAGGCUUGAUCUUUCAAACAUGAAUCUCACCGGAAACAUUUCCGAGGAUUUCCAAAACUUCCAUCAUCUUUCUUUCCUCAACAUUUCCUCAAAUGGGUUCACCACUACUCUCCCAAAAUCACUCUCGAAUCUCACUUCGCUCGUUACCAUCGACGUUAGUCAAAACGAUUUUGUCGGAGAAUUCCCGGAAGGUUUCGGAAUGGGAGCAACAAGCUUGAAAACCGUCAAUGCAUCCAGCAACAAUUUUUCCGGGUUCCUCCCGGAGUAUCUCGGAAACGCAACAUCACUAGAGACACUUGAUUUUCGUGGUAGUUUUUUCGUGGGGUCAAUUCCGAAAAGUUUCAAGAGCCUGCAAAAUUUGAAGUUUCUUGGGCUCUCCGGGAACAACCUCACCGGAAGCAUUCCACCGGAGAUUGGUCAGCUUUCUUCUUUGGAGGUUAUCAUUAUUGGUUACAAUGAAUUUGAAGGCUCUAUCCCGCCGGAGAUCGGUAACCUUACCAAUCUACAGUACCUGGACUUGGCAGUCGGAACACUCACCGGUGCAAUCCCGCAAGAACUUGGUAGGCUUAAAAAGCUCACCACAGUUUACAUCUAUCAGAACAGAUUCGAAGGCAAGAUUCCUCCAGAAAUCGGAAAUCUUUCGUCGCUUGUUUAUCUUGAUCUCUCGGAUAACCGUUUUUCCGGUGAGAUCCCGGAAGAGAUAGGUAAUCUGAAAAGCUUAAAGUUAUUGAAUCUGAUGUGUAAUCAGCUAAAUGGUUCCAUUCCAAGUACCAUUGGUGAGUUGCCAAAUCUAGAAAUACUAGAAUUAUGGAAGAACUCAUUAACAGGUUCACUGCCGGUGAAACUUGGAAUGAAUUCGCCAUUACAGUGGUUAGAUGUUUCUACAAAUAUACUAACCGGCGAGAUCCCGGCUGGUUUGUGUGAUUCCGGGAACCUCACCAAACUCAUUCUCUUCAACAACUCGUUUUCCGGUCCUCUCCCGAUUGGUCUGUCAACUUGUUCUUCAUUAGUUCGAGUUCGCAUCCAGAAUAACCUCAUUUCAGGUAUGAUUCCGGAUGGGCUCGGUAACUUACCAGAACUACAACGAUUAGAAUUGGCACAUAACAAUUUCAGUGGCAAAAUUCCUCAUGAUCUCACUUUAUCAAGUUCUCUUUCGUUCAUCGACGUUUCCUCAAAUCAUCUCGUAUCAGGUUUGCCAUACAGCAUCUUGUCAAUCCCGAAUCUCCAAACCUUACUUGUUUCAAACAACUAUUUAGACGGAGAAAUACCGAGUCAGUUUCAAGACUCCCCGUCUUUAUCUGUACUUGAUCUCUCAAGCAACAGUUUCUCCGGGAAGAUCCCUGAGAACAUAGCUUCAUGCCAGAAGCUAGUGAAUUUGAAUUUAAGCCGCAACCGAUUGACGGGAGAGAUCCCAACAACGGUGGCAAGUAUGCCGAUGCUAUCCGUUCUUGAUCUCUCAAACAACUCAUUUGUCGGACGGAUUCCAGAGACUUUUGGAAGCUCACCGGCGUUAGAAACUGUAAAUCUCUCGUACAACAAGCUGGAAGGACCAGUCCCGAGUAACGGGAUGCUAAUGACGAUAAACGCAAACGAUCUUGUGGGAAACGACGGGCUUUGUGGAGGCAUACUUAAGCCUUGUUCCCACACGCAUACCAAGGAUUCUACACGCAAGAAACUUCACCUUCGUCAUGCCAUUUUUGGAUUCGUUUUUGGUGUUUGUGUGAUUAUUAGUGUUGGAAUCUUGGUGUUAAUAGGUCGGUGGCUUUACCAGAGAUGGUUUUUAUAUGGUUUUUUCGACGGGUGGCUUAUGAAGACCAGUAAGGAAUGGCCAUGGAGGCUCGUUGCAUUCCAAAGACUUAACUUCACAAGUGCAGAUAUCAUGGCGAGCAUCAAAGAAUCAAAUGUCAUCGGAAUGGGUGGAAGUGGGGUGGUGUACAAGGCCACCACCCACCAUCCACCGCAUUCCACCGUUGCAGUCAAGAAACUAUGGCGGUCAGAGCCGGAUAUAGAAAACGGUGACGACCUGUUUGUAGAGGUGAAUCUUCUUGGCCGAUUAAGGCAUCGAAACAUAGUGAGGUUAUUAGGGUACCUCCACAAUGAAGCUGAUGUCAUGAUGGUCUACGAGUAUAUGCCUAACGGGAACCUCGGGCAGACGUUACACGGGAAGCAAUCGGGCAGAAUGUUGGUCGAUUGGGUCUCGAGAUAUAAUGUUGCUUUAGGUGUUGCUCACGGGUUGGCUUACCUUCACCAUGAUUGUCACCCGCCCAUCAUUCACCGUGAUGUCAAAUCCAACAACAUUCUUUUAGAUGCGGAUCUCGAGGCACGGAUCGCAGAUUUCGGAUUGGCGAGGACAAUGGUUCGAAAGAACGAGACUGUCUCAAUGGUGGCCGGAUCUUACGGAUAUAUAGCUCCCGAAUACGGCUACACCUUGAAGGUGGAUGAGAAAAGCGACAUAUACAGUUUCGGGGUGGUUCUUUUGGAGUUGUUAACAGGGAAACAACCAUUGGAGCCAUCGUUUGGUGAGUCGAUUGAUAUUGUGGAAUGGGUCCGAGGUCGGAUGAAUCGUCGAGACUUGGAAGGUAUAUUGGAUCAAGAAAUAGCAGGGGAAUGUAAUUAUGUGCAAGAAGAAAUGCUUCUGGUGCUAAGAAUUGCACUUUUGUGCACUGCCAAGUUACCAAAAGAUAGGCCUUCAAUGAGAGAUGUGAUCACAAUGCUUGGAGAGGCAAAGCCAAGAAGGAAAAGUGUUUGUAAUGAUCUUGGUGCCAAAGAGAAACCCAUUUUCAACAACUCACCGGUUAUUGGUCUUUUGUAAGUUGGAAUGUGAAAAGGGUAAAUAGUUGAGUUUGUUAUAUUAAAUAGUUGAGUUUGUGACAUUGAAAGUUGAAACAAACUUUGUGUAGUACGCAUUGUAUUAUGUACAAAUUUCUGAAUUCUUUUUCUAUGCUCAUGAAUGAAUCGUAUAGCAAGAGCACAAGAAAGCAGUUAGCACGAAAUGGAAAGAAACGAGAAAAUCUUUAAUUUGUAUUCUGUGUAUUUUCUUUUAAACUAGAUCCAGUGAC